UCAUCAUUUCUUCCCCGGAGGUAAGUUAGUUACCUCAUUCACUGUUGGUUUGAGUAGCAAGAGGUGGCUACAGACAGGUGGCAAGGCAAACAUCUUCUCAUUUCUUACCCUCCCACCCAGGCGACCUCAAGCCGAAAUCUUACUCCACGAGGAUCUCUCAACAAGUAUGAUCCUCAUAUGAAAAAAAACCUAACGCCGUACUUUCUUCGCUCUACAAUCUUACAAUAUACGGCCAACGUAUUCCAUCUUCUCGACGCAACAAUAAUACUUUUAGUACCUUGCUCCCUCUCAGAAACCCUGAAACAAACGGAAAGGCGCAGCUUGUCAUCAUCCUUCCCAGUCUGAAGCGCAAGUCGAUAAUUGUGUCCAUACCUGUUCACAACGACCAUGCUCGAGAAUCCGCUUCGUAAGUCAGCGAAGAAUUCUACAUCGGCCGUGGCAGGUAUGCGUCGCCCAGAUUCGCCCGUCAGCAAACCGCCACGCAUUGGUGCUUCGUUUGCUCAGAGGAAGGCGCUUCAACCACGACAACCAGAUGUUGUCCUCGUCGAAGGCAACAACGUCAUGCGUAGCAUUGAUCGCCCUCUCCCCGGUGACGUCGUCGGACGCCGUAAGACGCAACUCCACCCAGACGCAAGUAGGAAGAAAAGUGCCUAUUUCGAAGCCGAGUUUGCCAGCCCUGGCCGGGUUCAUGACCCAGCCAAGGCUCGCAUCCUCAAUGAAGCCAUAGUCACUGCAGAUAUCAAGACAAACGUAAUCAUACGUGACGAAUUUGCCUUCAUCACAGAUUUCGCCUACCUUCUAUCCGACAGAUACCAACGGCCUGUGUCCUCGAUCGUCAUCACCCUCCAUCAUGGUAUCUGUAUGAUGUUUGGAGGCACCUUUGAGCCCGCGUGCACCUUGGCAAUUCAUGCGUUGCCAGGCUUGCUCCAGCCAGCAACGAACAGGCGGAAUGCGGCACUGGUCCAGCGGCAUCUUCACGAGACACUCAGUGUCUUAUCCACGCGCUGCUACGUUCGAUUUGAGGCUACGCCGGAAGAGAAUAUCGCUAUUGGCGGCAAGACACUUGCAGCGGAGAUUGAGGGUCUGUCUCGGGACGGCGCUGAUCUGAAGGCCGGCGUGAUUAGGAAGCCAUCUAAAUCCGGUCGAGCGAUCAUGAAGAGCGUCAAGUCUCUAGGCAGCUUCAAGGCACACUCGAUGAUUGACCUUUCGGAGAAGGUACCAACCCCGCCACCAAGCAAUUCGGGAGAAACGACACGCAUAACGACGAUCCCAGAGGUGCCACCGACACCACCAGAUGACGAGAAGACAAGCCAGGUGGAAGAGAAGCCACGUAAGGAGGCACCGCGUCGCAAAAGUUUCCGGUUCCCAUUGUUUGGGCCCAAGACUACACUCGACAAGUGAGAGACGCCAGACUGUCCGUACGAUCAAUCUAGUGACGGGUUCUCUGGCCCGUGGAUUGAGUCGCGUCCUGGCUGCCGUCCCCGUUAUCAUUGGUUCGGAGAUGCCAUGGCGCACAGUGAAUAAAGCCGAUCUUAAGCGGCGGGUUUCUAUGACCGCCUGGUGUGCCGAAACAUCCUAUAUACCUAUGCUGUAACAUAGUUCGGGGUUUAAGUGUCACGCGUGCCCUCGCCGAUCAUAUUGGAACCGUGCACCGCUGGUUGGUUGGGCCGCAGUGUUGACGUCGGAAUCCCUACCAUACGAUUACUGUAUACGGACCUAGGAUGUCACCUGGUCAGUCCCUAGCAAGCUAGCAACUAUCUACUUAAGCAUCUAUCUAGGCUAUACACGUACUAAAUAUGGUGCUGAAGACAUCAUUGGCCACGCUGCCGGUCUAAUUAUUUGUUUCGUGCCGCUGGGUAGGGUAACAACGACGGACUUCUGCCCCCCUGGUAACGUUUUUAUGGCUCAGGUGUGCCAGUGAUUAUGAUAUUGGUACCGAAGGUGAAUUCUACUCAGUUAGGUCUUAGCUUGCUUGAUAACGCGUGCAC